AAACCCAGCGGUAUUCGCCGGGCAGCGGGUGCGGAGUUGCAGUAGAGAGAGAGGUCAGGACUCCGGGGGAGCGAGGCGCAGAUGGAAUGAGGAACCGGGCUCUGCUCCGCCGUCAGCCUGCCGCCGCGCCGUCCCCGCGCCCCGGCCGUCGAUCUCCGCGACACGGCCGACCCCAGCGGCUGUCCCCCACGCCCCCUUCUCCACGGACACCUUACCCCCGCAUGGUGAGCGCCGAGAUUCAAAUUGUCGUCUCUCCUUGCAUCAGUUUGAAUUCUUGCUUUUCCAUGGUCCGGGCGGUCGGAUUCACGGCGUGAUCCGAUGAUAGCAACAAGAGCGCGCCUUCCCCUCUCCCUGACGGCGUCGUCCACCCCGCACGGCGCGCGCACCAAGAAGAGGAGGAAGCCAUGUCUCCCAACCUGGACAGCGCCAUCAAGAGCCAGGUGCCGGCGCUGCUCCUGAGGCGCCUCUUCGGCGCGUCCCGGCGGGACGAGGCGAAGCAGCUGUCGCGCUCCCCGACGCCGGCGCCGGUGGGGAGGCGCCGGGUGUUCGUGCAGACGGAGACCGGCUGCGUGCUCGGCAUGGACCUGGACCGCGGGGACAACGCGCAUACCGUCAAGCGCCGGCUGCAGCUCGCGCUCAACAUGCCCACCGGCGAGACCUCCCUCACCUUCGGCGACCGCGUCCUGGAGAACGACCUAUCCUUCAUACGGCCGGACUCACCGCUGCUACUCACCCGGAACAGCAUCAACCGGAGCUGCUCCACCCCGUGCCUCUGCCCUGUCUCCAAGGACUUCGAGCAAAAGGAUUGCAGUGGCCUGGUUGAGAUGCUCGGGUGCUCCAGCAGCAUUGACCGGGUGAAGCGCCUCGUCGACGACGUGGUGACUGCCAUCAGGAACGGUGUGGAUCCAGUCCCCAUUAGCAGUGGCCUUGGUGGCUCGUACUACUUCAGGAAUGUCUCUGGCGACAGGGUUGCCAUUGUUAAGCCGACAGAUGAGGAGCCUUUUGCACCGAACAAUCCCAAGGGCUUUGUCGGUAGGGCGCUUGGUCAGCCAGGGCUGAAGAAAUCUGUGCGAGUAGGCGAGACAGGAUUCAGGGAGGUUGCAGCAUACCUGUUGGACCAUGAGAAUUUUGCCAAUGUACCUGCGACUGCUCUGGUGAAGAUAACACACUCCAUUUUCAACAUAAAUUGUCCAGUAAAUGGUGGAAGUCCGGCACCAGCUCAUGACCAGAAGCAGCAAGUUAACAACAGCAAGAUUGCUUCGUUCCAGCAGUUCAUCGCCCAUGACUUUGACGCCAGUGACCAUGGCACAUCAAGCUUCCCUGUUGCUGCUGUUCAUAGGAUCGGCAUACUAGAUAUCCGAAUUUUCAACACUGACAGGCAUGCGGGUAAUGUGCUGGUGAGGAAGCUUAAUGGUGGCACAGGUCGCUUUGGGUGCCAGACAGAGCUGUUCCCAAUUGAUCAUGGUAUGUGCUUGCCAGAGAACCUGGAGGACCCUUACUUCGAGUGGAUACAUUGGGCACAGGCGUCAAUUCCAUUUUCUGAGGAAGAGCUCGAGUACAUCAGAAAUCUUGAUCCAGGGAAGGAUGUGAUGAUGCUGCGCAGAGAACUUCCAAUGAUGCGUGAGGCCUGCUUACGUGUCCUGGUCCUAUGCACGAUCUUCCUCAAGGAGGCUGCAGCAUUCGGACUUUGCUUGGCAGAGAUAGGUGAGAUGAUGACUAGGGAGUUCAGAGGGAUGGAGGAGGAACCAAGCCAGCUAGAGGUUGUGUGUAUGGAGGCCAGGAAGAGAGUAGCAGAGUGGGAGCCAUUCUCUGCUACAGCUGAACAAGAGGAUGAUACUGAUUUCCAGUUCUCAAUGGAUAUGUUAGGAGAAUACAAUGAUGUAAUUCGAUCGCCAAGGUUCAAUGGCUCAGGUUUCAAGGUAUCUAGUUUCAGAAGUCCUCUGUCUAAGCUCGUCGAAAGUGUUGAAGAGGGAAAUGAUGGCCAUGAAGAUCAAAAUGAGUCUGAUCGAGUCUUUUAUACUGGAUGGAAUACACCCAAUAUUCCUAGCAAAGCUAUAGGUCAGAAUGGCAGUGCUACGAAAAGUGCCAUGAACAGGAGUGCAGACGAACAACUUCCAUCAAGUAUGUGCUUUGUGAAGCUGUCAGAUAUGAGUGCAGAUGAGUGGAAUGUCUUCCUUCAAAACUUCCAGGAACUGCUGAAAGAAGCACUGCACGAGCGCGCAAGGGCAGCAGCAGGUCAGAGAAUGAAGCAGCGGCUGGGCACUUCAUGCAAGUUUUGAGUAGGGCAAUAGAACAUCAAGAAGGGAAAAAUGUGUACUGCUACUUGCACUGCUUGCCUAUGGAGUGAGUACAGGGUGAAGAUAUCAUGAUACAAGGCACCUUUAACCUUGUGCAAAGAUCUAGAUUGCAACUGUUAUGUCCAUGAGGUAGAUAGGACCACAAGGAUAUGUAGUGAUGUGUGUGAAGAACUGCUACGCCUGUUUAUUAACUAUGUUUAAGAAGGGAAAUGCUUAAUAAUAAAUGCUUGUCAGCCUGUGUAUUCCGGGUUGAUGUUAGAUACUCCAGCUUUAGUGUGCAAUUUCUUAGUUGUUGCUGAAAAUUCUUUGUAGUCUGUGAUGUGACCUGUGAGCAGUGUAAAUAUUGCACCUUUUAUGUAAAUAUUGCUUUACCUGGUGUUGAAUA